CAUUCAUUGGCUUCUUCUGGGUACUUCUGAGCAAGACAUUGCAAAAGGAGUCACUUAUCCCAAAUGAGCUGGUUAGCCCUUAGGGACAUGAAAGUGCUGUGUUUGUUUAUGCCACAUCUCCAAAACAGGAAUGACUUCUUUCUAAUUCAUUGGGCAGUCUAGUCACGGGUGUGAGGAAUGGAGAAAAGGGAUUGUAUUACUCUGUAAAUGUGACCCUCUUACUUUCCCAGAAUCCUUGCUCCACCAGCUAAUGAGGUUUCCCUUAUCUUGGCCCUCCAGGCUGCUGAGAACCAGCCCUAGACCUCGCCUUGAGGGUCCUUCCGCCGAAGACAUCACCAGUGUGUGGAGCCUGCCCCACACCCACCCACUGCCAAACCACGGCCUUUACCUGUGUCUUUCGGUGUUUCCCGUGCGACCCAUCCUGUGGGAGUGCUUCGUGGGCUGCCCCGGAGUUUACUCCACGCUCAGCAGCGCCAAUGGUGAAGAUGACAAGAUCUAAGACUUUCCAGGCGUAUCUGCCCUCCUGCCACCGGACCUACAGCUGCAUCCAUUGCAGAGCUCACUUGGCCAAUCAUGAUGAACUAAUUUCCAAGUCAUUCCAAGGAAGUCAAGGACGAGCAUACCUCUUUAACUCAGUAGUUAAUGUGGGCUGUGGGCCUGCAGAAGAGCGGGUGUUGCUAACAGGACUGCACGCAGUUGCAGACAUUUACUGUGAAAACUGCAAAACCACUUUGGGCUGGAAAUAUGAACAUGCUUUUGAAAGCAGCCAGAAAUAUAAAGAAGGAAAAUACAUCAUUGAACUAGCACACAUGAUCAAGGACAAUGGCUGGGACUGACUGGACAGCAUCCACUCAACCCAGUGUCCACGUGAAUGCCAUCCAACUGAACAUUCUACCCAAGCGUGAGAGAGUGACUGAACACUUGGUUCCAUCCAUUUAGGGGCCUUGCCAUCUGGGGCAUCCUCCCAUCCUGACGCCAUCUUUCUGGUGACCGGCCUCUAAAUCGCUGUCUCUCUGUCUCUUUGCUUUGUAUCUGUUUGUGAGUUGAUCCUGGCUUCUCUCUCUGUUCUAGUGUUGGCUGAAAACAAACCACAAAAGGAACAGAUCUUAGACCGCAUGGCGGCAGCCCACCUUAGAAAGGGCCCCAUGGCCCAUGCAAGACCUGCCUGAUGGCCUCUUGCCAGGAGAGCAGUGGCAUGUGGAGUGAGGAAGAGGGUCUGAGGGUGGGCAGGGGCGGGAGGGUAGAGGUAGGAACAAACUUGGGCUGCUUCUGGAGACCUGGGAACUUAGGCUUGAAAUAAUCGACUUGUCUCAGAAGGACAAAGAGAAAAAAAAAAUACCUCACGAUCGCAUUCUCUCUGACUGGAAGCUUCUGUUCCUGACCCCAAAUGUGCCAGGAUAGUGGAUAAGCCCAAGAAGUGACCCUAGUUCUAGCUGGUCAAGGACCAGGCUGAAGUGGGGAAUAUUCUGGUAGCAGUGAAUAGGAUGAAUAAAGCCUAGAUUGGGUUUGAGGACUGCCUCACUCAGCCUCUGAGCAAUCACCUUCAUGCCUCCUUAGCUCCUGUACAGAAGGGGAGAAGGGACUGCCAUCUGCAAGGAACACAAUGUACAACUAUCUCCACCAACUAAAAUCAGGACUUGAGGAAAGCAGGGAACAAAGAGGGGCUGCAACUAAUGAGCUCCCAAAGAAACAGCUCAGAUAUUGAGUCAGAAAAAUCAAAAGUAGAAUCAAUUAGCAACUCUCUCUGAGUAAUAUGUCAGGGAAAGGAGGUUGGGUAGGAAUUGGGUGAAGCAUAAUAGUUCAGAUUUGAACCAGUACAGGUGAGGUGUAUCUUUCCACUUUGGACAUGCAAGGCUUUGCUCAUGGUGUUUUGGGUGGCUUUUCUUCUCUUCAGUCCCAUCUUGUUAGACCAGAAAACUAAGACCCAAGACUUUGAACCUAGGGACAAUCUGACUUGUAGAUUCCUAGUUCUUGUCAUAUGUGUCAGUGUGGUGUAGUGAUGGGGAUUCUGAUCUUACCCCCUCUGACCCACCUUCACCUUUCCCAAAGCUAUAGAGUGUUAGAGAAAUAGGGAACAAUUCCCUUUAGGCUCAGGAGAGAAAGGAAUUUGAUACACGUAAUCAACACUGUGAAGUCUGUUUUUACAGCAAUUCAGCCCAUCCAAGGUGCAUGACCGAAACUCAUUGAAGAGUUCACUUCAUUUCGUAGGCUGAAAAUAUUAUUAAGAUAAGUGUGCAUUAAGUAAUUCUCAUUUUCCAAAGUAGGCUGAUCCUAUAGGAAAAUCUACCUUUUUAAAUCUCACAAAGCAUCCACUUCAUGGAAUUAAGAAUCUGUAAAGUUGAUUAGCCAUGAUUAAAGCAGCCCACCCAGGAGGUUUUCAGCAUCUUCCUGCAGCGGAAACAAAUCCCCGCAGGGAGUGAGCUGCGAGGUGGAAAUCCUCUUUGUGUCACCAUAUGUUGAUUGCAGAGUAGAGGAUUUGAGACCCAAGUGGGCAGAGUGACAGAAAACCCAGAAAACCGAGGAGCUCCAAGCUUCGCAGAGACUGACUCUUCUAUAACACAGAAAGAUUCCUAGACAUUGAAUUUUGUUUCCCAAGACUUCUUGUCCAGGCCCUUUGCUCUGCUCUAGCAGCCAUGGAGACAAGUGGUUCUUCACACUUCAUUACCAGGCCAACUGAGGUUCAGAAGUUCUUAGUUUUACCCCCAGGCCUUUGGGUUAGAUUUCCCCCACCCCCCUUUCUUUUAACUUUCACAUUCCUACACUGGCUUGCCAGUAAUCAUGGAUCCCCCCCCCUCCCUUCUACCUGAAGGAAGUGGCCUUCAUUCAUGGAUUUGAUUAGACCGUUUGCUCAGGGAAUGUCCAGCUAUUAAGAGUCCUUUUCUUCUAAACAAAACAAGGGUUGAACCUAGGUAGGUGUUUUGUCUUUAAAACAAGAAUUGGAAACAUGGUAACAUGGC